UCUGUUCUCCCCUCAGCGGCCGGUGAUGCGGAGGAGGGCGGCGAUGCUGCUGGAGCCCGGUGCUGCGGGAGCCUCCGCUCUGCGCCAGGCCUUUCCGAAGCGAGCGAUGGCCCUGCGUUGAGAGGAGCCGCCUAUGUGUGAGUGGACGAUACAGAAGAGUUGGGGCAGGAAUGGAGGACUUUGCCCCGCGCACCUAUGGGACCAGAGGGGUGGAUAACAGGCCUCUCUUUGGAGAGACUUCGCCACGGGAUAGAAUUAUCAAUUUAGCCGUUGGCGGUGUAACAUCCUUGCUGCUUAUAGUCACUCUGAUCAGUGCUUUUGUCUUUCCACAACUACCUCCAAAACCUCUGAACAUAUUUUUUGCUUUCUGCAUCUCCUUGUGUAGCAUUUCAGCUGGCAUUCUUAUCUACUGGUAUCGACAAGGAGACCUGGAGCCUAAAUUCAGGAAUCUAAUUUACUAUAUCUUGUUUUCUAUUAUCAUGUUAUGUAUAUGUGCCAACCUCUACUUCCAUGAAGUGGGUAAAUGAUUGUUACAGAGCACAGCACAGACUGCAUCAAGAUUGCCUGGACGGAAGUGCUCCUGAGGUGAACGAUCAACUCCAAGUGGGGCCACAGUCCAGUGGAUACUUGAGUCUCUUCUAGAAGUAUAUCUAAAGGCCCUUCCUAUUGCCAUAUGAAACUACAUAUGCUUCUUUCUUUUCUUUUCUUUUUAAAGAGAGAUACUAGUGCACUUAAUGAACUUUCCAAAUGCAAACUUGAGAAUAGCACAAGCUUUUUCCUUUGGGAGGGAAAAACCUGCAUCUUUUAUUACACUGUACAAAAAAAGGCAGCACUCAAAAGUUUGUACCACAGUAUAAAUAAAAAUUCAGUCUACUGAUACAGAAGACAAAA